GCUCCCUCCCCGGCCAUGGCCAUGCCCACGGCGGCCGCCGCGCUACUCCACCCCUCCUCCGCCGUCGCCGUCGCCGUCGCCGUCGCCGCCCCGUCCCCCUCCACCUCUUCCUCGGCGCGCCGCAGUGCCCCUUCCUCCUCCUCGGCGCGGCGCGGCGGCAAUGCCUCCGCCGGGCGCGGGGCCGCGGUGCGCGCGAGGGUCGCGGGGGCCGCCGCGCCGGUGACCGCGGCGGCGGCGGAGGGCUGCGGCAGGCAGGAGCCCCACUCGGCGCCCGCCGUCGAGAUCCCCGUCACGUGCUACCAGAUCCUGGGCGUCACGGAGAAGGCCGAGAAGGACGAGAUCGUCAAGUCGGCCAUCGAGCUGAGGAAGUCGGAGAUCGAAGACGGGUACACGGAGGAGGUGUCCACCUGCAGACAGGCUCUGCUGCUGGACGUGAGAGACAAGCUUCUCUUCGAACAGGAGUAUGCAGGAAGCACCAGGGCCAAGGUUCCGCCCAGAUCCUCUCUUCAUAUACCCUGGAGCUGGUUGCCUGCUGCCUUGUGUGUCUUGCAGGAGGUUGGGGAAGAGAAGCUGGUUUUGGACAUUGGUCAGGCAGCUCUUCGGCGCGCUGAUUCUAAGCCAUAUGUUCAUGAUGUACUUCUUGCAAUGGCACUAGCUGAAUGCUCCAUUGCAAAAGCUAGCUUUGAAAAAAGUAAAGUAUCUCUUGGCUUUGAGGCUCUAGCACGUGCUCAAUAUCUUUUGAGGAAAAAACCAUCUUUAGAGAAGAUGCCCCUUCUUGAGCAGAUUGAAGAAUCACUUGAAGAGCUUGCACCAGCUUGCACUCUAGAGGUUUUAAGCCUGCCCCGUACACCUGAAAAUUCUGAACGCAGGCGAGGUGCUAUUGCAGCUCUCUGUGAAUUGCUUGGACAGGGACUUGAUGUUGAGUCAUCAUGUAGAGUUCAUGAUUGGCCUUAUUUCUUGGGCCAGGCAAUGGACAAGUUAUUAGCCACUGAAAUUGUGGAACUACUUUCUUGGGACUCUUUGGCUACAACUCGUAAAAACAAAAAAUCGUUGGAGUCCCAGAGCCAGCGGGUGGUAGUUGACUUUGACUGCUUCUACAGGGCAAUGCUUGCACACCUUGCAUCUGGAUUUUCAACCCGGCAGACUGACUUGAUAAGUAAAGCCAAAACCAUCUGCGAAUGCUUAGUUGCAUCUGAGAACACCGACCUGAAAUUUGAGGAGUCUUUUUGCUCGUUUCUUCUUGGAGAGGAAUCUGGCGCCACAGUUUUCGAAAAGCUUCAGCAGCUUCAAAGUAAUGGAAGUUCCAAUUCAAGGAAUUAUGGGUUAGCUAAAAAGAAAGACAGCAGUGACAAGGUUACUGUCAACCAGUCACUGGAACUGUGGCUGAAGGAGGUGGCACUUUCUCGUUUUGCAGAUACAAGAGAUUGUCCGCCAUCCUUGGCCAACUUCUUUGCUGCUCCUAAGCGCCUCAUUAGCACUUCCAAGCAGAAACUGGGAGCCACGAGAAGGGUCCUUUUGAGCUCUCAGACGUCUCCUAGUGCCAACACAUGCAACAGAACUUCAGGGCAGCAGAAUCCAAGAUUAAAUUCUACCAGCCAUCUCGGGGAAGCUGUAAAGCAGCUUGCACCAACCACCCUGGGGGGCCAAGGCCAUUCAUCAACGGAUAGGCCAGUAAAUGGUUUAAGUACAACAUCUGUUCCUCUGAAGCGCAAUCCUGGAUCCCAUCCUGUAAGAACCUUGGAAUCGUGGGGCCUGACUGGGGAUGUUAUAGGAAAAAUCGCUUACACUGCAGUCCUGGGGGUUGCCCUAUUUGGUACAUUAAAACUGCUCAGGUUUCAGUUUGGUAACACAAAACCUGCCCCCUCAACUAGAGAAUCUGCAGCCACAUCUUCUCUGAAUGAAGCAUCUACAUCAGACGGUUCUUUCAUCAGUAUCAGAGUUAGGGAACAGUUUGAGAAGCUGUCAAAAAUGCUUUGGUUGAACAACAGGCUCCAUUCGAGAAGUGAAAGAAGUGAUCUGUCUCCUGGUUCUAGUGAUGUGGCUGCUAUAGCUCGCAAGGAAAGGAUGUCUCUUCAAGAAGCAGAAGCGCUUGUGAAGCAGUGGCAAGAUAUCAAGUCCGAAGCUCUUGGCCCUGACUAUGAAAUUGAUAUGCUCUCCGAGGUCCUCGAUGGUUCGAUGCUCUCAAAGUGGCAGGACUUGGCUUUAUCAGCAAAGGAUCAGUCCUGCUACUGGAGAUUUGUUCUGCUGAAUCUCUCUGUUGUCCGAGCCGAGAUCCUGCUGGAUGAGGCUGGUGAUGGUGAAGUGGCGGAAAUCGAUGCUGUUCUCGAGGAAGCUGCUGAGCUCGUUGAUGACUCCCAGCCCAAGAAGCCCAGUUAUUACAGUACCUAUGAAGUUCAGUACACGCUGAGGAGGCAGGAUGACCGAUCGUGGAAAAUCUGCGAGGCUGCUGUCCGGGACCUGUCAUGAUGUCUGCCAGAAGGACGACUAACGCAUCAUCUCAUAGGACACGGGGCAGCGUCUAAACAAAGUUCCAGCACACUAGAUAUCUGUAGGUCACUAGUCUUAGGUCAGCAUUGAACCAAUUCGAAUGCACGAAACCGUUCGAUGAUCUGCGCUGGGAUGCUGUAGCUGCUCGUGGUGACUUUGCAUCAGGAUUUGACACAAUACCCGCUGAUUUGCUACGUUAGUACAGAAUGCUAACUUCUGCUGAUUUCACAUACCCUUCAAUUUUUUGCGCUUAUACGUUGUUAGUUUGCGACAUGUUGUUGGGCCUUGGGUGCCCUGCGCGGUGUAACUGAACUGUGUCAGCCAUUGUUCAUUGUUGAAAGACCAAUGCAGUUUGCUUCA